AUUGCGACAAGCAGCCUGUCCUCGCUGUCAAUUGCUGCUCGAAUUCCCUACCUCGGUUUCAUACUGAAAAGUAAAUUGGGGAUUUAACUUCUGACAUGUAGUCAUAAUUUUAAAACCACGAGCCGAGUUAAAAUGAUCACGUAACAAAAACAGUACGAAACUGAACAGCCGAAAAAGGGGGUGCUGUCGUCGUACAUUUGCUCCACGGCGAUGGUCUGCCAUCUUGUGUGUACCUGGGUAUGGUAUUUGAGCGAGUGUUAAGAACGAGAUGCGAUCUCUACCAGUGUAAAUUUUAAUAAAACAUGGAACCGUCCAGGUCGGUUGUGAGCCAGUGUUGCAUUCUUUAAUUGAAUACUCUUCUUUUGAAAAAAGACUAUCGACUAGUAUCUAAAAUAGGCGAAGGGACAUUUUCGGAGGUCUGGAAGGCGCAAAGCUUGAAAGAUGGAACCUACUACGCUUGUAAAAAGAUGAAACAACAUAUCGAAAGCAUGGAGCAAGUGAACAAUCUACGUGAAAUUCAAGCAAUGCGCAGACUGAGUUUACAUCCUAAUAUUCUUCAGUUACAUGAAGUAGCCUACGAUAAAAAGUCUGGGUCACUAGCUCUAAUAUGUGAACUAAUGGAUAUGAAUAUCUAUGAGCUCAUACGAGGUCGGAGGAACCCAUUGCCUGAAGGUAAAAUAAAGAGUUACAUGUAUCAACUAUGUAAGUCCCUUGAUUACAUGCACAGAAAUGGGAUUUUUCACCGAGAUGUAAAGCCAGAAAACAUUUUAAUUAAGCAAAACUUACUGAAGUUGGCAGAUUUUGGUUCCUGUAGGAGUGUCUACUCAAAGCAGCCAUAUACAGAAUAUAUUUCUACCCGAUGGUAUAGAGCCCCUGAAUGUCUUCUUACAGAUGGGUACUACAGCUUCAAAAUGGACAUCUGGAGCACAGGCUGUGUUUUCUAUGAAAUAACAAGUCUACAGCCACUUUUUCCUGGUUCUAAUGAAGUUGACCAAAUUGCAAAGAUCCAUGAUGUUAUUGGAACUCCAAACUCUGAAACACUAAGGAAGUUCAAACAAACUCGAGCAAUGAGUUUUGAUUUCCCACAGAAGAAGGGAACAGGAAUAUCUUGCCUCAUUCCUCACACCACUUCUGAGAGUAUUUCACUGAUGAAUGCAAUGAUGGAGUAUGACCCUGAAGAAAGGAUCACUGCUAAGCGAGCACUACAACAUCCUUACUUUCGUGAAUUGAGAUUGGCAGAGAAACAAGCUACAACCUUCCAGCGUAGAGUUAGAUGCUUAGAAGGGAAUGAAAACAGUCUAAGCCCUGCUGUGGUGCACAACCUUUGGAGAAUUCAUAAGGGACAUAAACAGGAAAUUCCUGUCCGACGCCAAAUUCCUCCAUAUCCUGUGGAGCUGCCAAAGCUGAAUGUCCCAGCUACAACAAAGAUUGUUGCCUACCCAAAUCAGAGUUUAAAGUCUCUCUUUCCAACAGCAUCAAGGGCUGAAAAUGGACCGCUACCUCAAGUGCCAAGCAAGGCAUCACUUCAGUCUUCAACCAGAUGUGCCAAGUGGAUACUUCAUCUCUGUCUCCUCCAGAAGUUCCCAGCAUCACAGAUGCCAGUCUUCAGCCAAUUUGAUUUAUUCCAUGUGACAUCAAGAAAUGGCUGGAGGCACUGGAUACUGCAAAGGCUGUAGGCCCUGAUGUUAUCCGGUAAUAGUCCUGAACAUGUACUCCAUAACAAGCUAUGCCUUUCGCCAAGCUGUUCCAGAUGCAGCUACAAUUCUGGCAUCUACCCCUCAAAGUGGAAAAUUGCCCAGGUGUAUUAUGGACACAUAAAGGAGGAGAAAUCCAGCCAUGCUUAUUACUGCCAAUCAGUCUCCUCAUGACAUAACGAUGAAAAAUGUCAUCAAUAAUGCUAACAAACUAACUUGGUUAUUAGUUUCCUGUUUUCUCUCUCCCUUCUUUCCUAAAUAGCAAGAUUAUAUUUUCAACUGUUAUAAUCCUAGCUGGUGGUAAUACUGGACAACUUAGUUGCUAGAAUGAAGCCUGGCUUGAUAGAUCAUAAGUUCUAGCAUUUGAUUGCAGUGAUGCUUAGUCACUGUAAUAUACAUUACAAGGCUACAAAUGUUCUUUAACACGAGCUUAUAGCACAAAAUAAAAAAGAAAACAAAAUCUUAUAUGUGACAGUUUAGAAUUUUCUUGAGAUAAAACAAAGUUUCAAACUGUUUUGCAAUGCUAUCAUUUUACAGGUUCUCAAUCCCAAAGACAUAUCAGUCCUAGUUGGACUGUUUAAUUUCUAACUUAACUGACCCUUCCCAGUUCUUAACCUUGGACUGCUGAAACAGUUUUCUAAUUUAUGUAUCUGCUAGCAUCAACUCUUCUUCAGUUUCGACGGCCUAAACCUCUUUUCAGUUCACAUAGAUCAAAAACUUCUAUACCUUCUCACAAUUUGGAUCAUAGACCAACCUCUUCAGCCAGUGUGACUGGUUCCUCUGAACCAACACCUUGAAACUUUCUGUUCUGAAAUAAAAGCUGAACGAGUUGCCUUGA